AUGCAUUGUGCCAAUGGAGCAUCAUUCCAUCUCUCCCUGAGUUCUUCCCCUUCACCUCCCUUCGCUUACCAUAUUGCUCUUCCAAUAUUCGCAGGAUGUUUCCUCGGCAGUGCAACACAGCUCAUUAGAGACUUCGUACUCACGGCGUCCCAUCUUUCUUCUCCCAUGUUCCGAUCCCAGUGCCGCUGCCGCACAACGGCCCGUACGCCGCCGGGGUGGUUGAAAGUGGGAGUGCCAGGAACCGAUGGGGUCUGGAUCUUCCCAGCUAAACCCAGCGGAAGCCCGUUCAAGCCGCUCAGCGUAACGGAUACGGCGACCCGGCCCACCAGGUGGGAACAUAAUCACGAUUCAACCUGGUCGCUGUCCGAAAUCCCUCCCCCCUUCUCCCUCCCCUCUCGGACUGAAUCCAAGGAAGAGCCUUUUCUGUGCAGUGCGAAUCUGCGAUUCCUUCUGUUCCGUUUCUCCACUGGGGCAGUGCUGACAGCAGAGGCCAGCGGGCAAGUGGCAAUCCUGAACGCGUCAUAG